AUGGAGCUGGCGGAGGAUGAGGAGCUCGACGAAGAACUAGAGGACGACGAUGAUCUCUCCUCUUCCACCGCUCAAAUCCUGCGCAAAUUCCGCAUUCCCAAGGGCACGGCCCUGACUGCCAAAUCUGGGGACAACUAUCUGGCCAUGCCCACGCCCACACCGUCACCCCCUGGGGGCGUCAAUGCGGGUGGCUCCGCCGCUGAUGUUGGCAACUACAUUGAGAACGAAGAUGACAUAAUCGAGGAGCUGCACGAGGAUGAUCUGGUCGAGGAGAUAAUCGACGAAGAGCAGUGCGAGGAGCAGCCCGAACUGGAGGAGGAGGAGGAUGCGACGACGGCCGACAACGAUGGCCUCGACCUGAGCAGCCCAAGCCAUGCAGCCCCACAGCCGGUGGCGACGGCUGCUCCAACGACUCAGCAGUUGCUGCUCACCUCGGCCCCACAGCCUCCGCCGCUGCAGCUGCAAACUGUGAGCUCCAACGGUACGGUGACGUACCUAAAUCUGCCACCCAACACGAUUUUGCUGCAGUCGGCCGACGGCAGCAUCAUAGCAGCCACCCAGGUGCCGCAUCCGAAUAAGGCGGGACAGCAUCAGCUCAUCGCUCUGCCGGGCAACGUGGCGAUGGCAGAGCCGGCGCCCCAGGCCACAGCGGCGCCCACGCAGACACUGCUCCUGACGGCCGAUGGCACGGCCAUUCCUAUAAUGGCGAAUCCCGCUUCGCGUCGUCCCUUCUCCUAA